AUGUCGCGGUUUCACCCGUUCAUCCUCAUUGACCUCCCUUACCGCGUCAUCAAUAAUCAGUCCCUGGAAGCGACAAUUUUAAUACCCAACAACUUAUAUGACCGCUCUCGUCACAAGGAAAAGCGUCCCGUGAUGGUGAGGUUCCAUGGCGGAGGCUUCAUUCUAGGUCAACGCAACUAUGAACCCUGGUUUUCUCGAUGGUGCCUCGACCUCGCAUACGCAAACGGCGCUAUCAUCGUCUCUCCUGACUACCGACUCCUCCCCGAAUCCAACGGGGCAGAUAUUUUGAGCGAUAUAGACCACUUCUGGCAGUGGAUUCAGAGAGAUUUGGUAGACAUUGCUGAAGAACGGCGGUGGGGCGUUAUCCCCGACCUCUCACGCGUGUUAUGUUGUGGAGAGAGCUCAGGAGGUUGUUUGGCAGUUUACUCGGCCUUGGGGUUGUCUUCUAUAUUAUGCAGAGACUCUAUGUCAAGAGUUAAUGCCAGGGGGAAAGAAGCGAAGCCAAUAACAAUCAAAGCCGUUAUAUCCAUUUCAUCGCCCCUGGAUCCAAACGUGCCAGAAUUAAGGAUCCCUCGACCCCGGAAAUUCAUGGGGACAAAGGCACCACCCCCAAGACAAGCCGAGGGCUUGAUUCGCAACUACAUCAAAAAUAUGAGACCAGGAUCAAUUAGGACGGGGCAGAACCCUACCCUCGAUAUGUGGGAAUUGCUACUGUGUAUUUUACAGCAGUGCUACCUGCCCAGGCUCAUAAAGGGGAACGGGGACAAGGACAUGUUCGGAUUGCUCAUGGGGUUGUUGAAGAAAGAAGAAAAGUCAGCAGACGCAGGAAUUCCGACUUGGGUUAUCCACGGAACCGAAGACACGCUGAUCCCACAUAUUUGUUCAACUAAGUUUGCAGAGCGACUGAGGGAGCUUGCACCGGUAAGGCUUGACUUGCAACCUGGGGACCAUAUGUUUGAGGUCGAUAUGAGUAUAGAUGAAAAGUGGAUUGCAGAGGGGAGGGAAUCAUUCCUGGAAAGGUACUGGCCUUGA